AUGGGGCCUGCCGAGUUGCAAGAGUUGAAGGUACAAUUGGAGGAUUUUUUGGAUAAAGGAUGUAUAAGAGCAAAGGAGGAUAUAGCCAAAACAGCUUUUCGAACAAGGUAUGGCCAUUAUGAGUUCACCGUCAUGACCUUUGGACUCACUAAUGCACCUGUUGCCUUUAUGGACCUUAUGAAUAGGAUUUUUCAGCUUUAUUUGGAUAAGUUUCAUUUUUUGGGGCAUGUAAUUACAAAGGAUGGAGUAGCGGUAGAUCCCUUAAAGGUUCAAGCGGUAAUGAACUGGCCUACACCCACUAAUGUGACAGAAGUGAGAAGUUUCUUAGAGUUGAAAUCAAGCCUUACUUCUGCUCCUGCGCUGACUUUACCAAAUGAAAGUGGAGAAUAUGAGGUUUAUACAGACGCAUCUAAGAUUGGACUAGGAAAGGCAAACAAAGUAGCUGAUGCUCUGAGUAGGAAGUCAAGUCAUACAAUGAAUGCGUUAAUUUUGGCAGACGAGUUGUGUGAAGAGAUUCGUAGGAUGAACUUAGAAGUGGUAGAAUAUGGAUAUGUGGGUACUCAAUUGAAUGGAAUGAUGAUUGAAUUCGAUAUUUUUGAGGAAAUUAGAUAUAAAGGAAGAUGGUGCAUACCGCAUGAUGAGGAGCUUAAGACUAAGAUUAUGACUGAAGCCCAUAAUUCCCCAUACUAA